UUGAAUCGGAAAGCAAUAAAACAGCUGUAUCCAUCUUACAAGAGCCCCUGAUCAGCGUAAGGCGUCGCCGGGACCGUUGAUCCGCACCCGUUGUUUACAAGAACGGAUGGUCCAGAUCGAAGUGCGGCCGAAUUUGCGGUGAAUUUAAGGUGCAUUUCAUUUCGGGGAGCGGCGUUUGAGUUUCAUUUCAUCCAUUUGGCUCCGCUCGCUUCUCCUCUCUCUCUCCCUCGUAUUCCUGAAACGCGAGGAGCUAAUCGGACACUCCCGCCUUCGGCUCUCCAGAAACGUCGAAUCCAGCGUUCUUCCAAAGGCAAAUAGGAGAUGGCAGAUGCUGAGGACAUUCAACCUCUUGUCUGUGAUAAUGGAACAGGAAUGGUGAAGGCUGGGUUUGCUGGAGAUGAUGCUCCAAGGGCUGUGUUUCCAAGUAUUGUUGGACGCCCACGUCAUACUGGUGUGAUGGUUGGCAUGGGGCAGAAAGAUGCAUAUGUUGGGGAUGAGGCUCAGUCUAAGCGUGGUAUUCUAACUCUUAAAUACCCAAUUGAGCAUGGUAUUGUGAGCAACUGGGAUGACAUGGAGAAAAUUUGGCAUCAUACAUUCUACAAUGAACUUCGAGUGGCUCCAGAAGAGCAUCCAAUUCUCCUAACAGAAGCACCUCUUAACCCAAAAGCAAACCGUGAGAAGAUGACUCAGAUUAUGUUUGAAACUUUUAACGCUCCUGCAAUGUAUGUUGCUAUCCAGGCAGUUCUCUCCCUUUAUGCGAGUGGUCGCACAACUGGUAUUGUUCUGGAUUCUGGAGAUGGUGUCAGCCAUACUGUCCCAAUUUAUGAAGGCUAUGCGCUUCCACAUGCAAUCCUGCGUCUCGACCUUGCAGGUCGUGACCUUACUGAUGCCUUGAUGAAAAUCUUGACCGAGCGUGGUUACUCAUUCACCACCACUGCUGAACGUGAAAUUGUGAGAGACAUGAAGGAGAAGCUGGCCUACAUUGCUCUUGACUAUGAACAGGAGCUAGAGACUGCGAAGACCAGCUCCGCUGUUGAGAAGAGCUAUGAGCUACCUGAUGGGCAAGUCAUCACCAUUGGUGCUGAGCGGUUCCGAUGUCCAGAAGUCCUCUUCCAGCCAUCUAUGAUUGGAAUGGAGGCAUCUGGUAUCCACGAGACAACAUACAACUCUAUAAUGAAGUGUGAUGUUGAUAUUAGGAAGGAUCUGUAUGGAAAUAUUGUACUUAGUGGUGGAUCCACCAUGUUCCCUGGAAUUGCUGAUAGAAUGAGCAAGGAAAUAACUGCAUUAGCGCCAAGCAGCAUGAAGAUUAAGGUUGUUGCUCCACCCGAGAGGAAGUACAGUGUUUGGAUCGGAGGCUCCAUCUUGGCAUCUCUCAGUACUUUCCAGCAGGUAUGUAUAAAAAACAUAUUUACUUUGUUCUGCAUCCUGUACAAACAUGUUGAAUUUUUAAUGAAAAGCUUGAUCUCACUUUUGAGUGUAGAUGUGGAUUGCCAAGGCAGAGUAUGAUGAGUCUGGCCCGUCGAUUGUGCACAGGAAAUGUUUCUGAUCAUAACGAAGGAUAUGAUUUGUGUACUAUCUAUUUCAGAAAAGGAAAAAAGCUGCAACCAUUAUCGUCUUUGUUUAAGAUUUAUUUUUAUUUUUUUUUGUUUUUGGUUUUUGGUUUUUGGUUUUUGGUUUACUGCUUCAUUAUGUUAGUGGGGGCAAUGACCUUGAAAGGGCAGAGUGAUUUGAGUAUUACCUAUUCUUUAAAUUGUUGUUUCUUUCUUAGAGCUAUUGAGAACUAUUGCGCAACAAAAUAUGUUGGCACCCUGUCAAUCCUGACACUGUUGUUUUCUUAAUUUUGUUUUUUUUUUUGUUAGGGACCAUUUUGAUUAAUGAAUGAAUAAUUUGUAUGAUUAUGUGUGA